AUGAAUGUGGAGCUCUACUUCACACCAUAUACAAAAAUUAAUUCAAAACGGAUCACUGGCCCUUAUGUAAGUGCUAAAGCCAUAACACUGUUAGAAGAAAACACUGGGGUAAAUCUUCACAACCUUGGUCAGCUUUUUGUGACCUACAAAAGUGGAAAAGUAGAUGAAGCAGUUCCUCUGGGAUUUUUGCUGUGCAGGAUAGGUGAAGAUUUGAUAAACUUUGUGGGCUGCUACCUAAUCAAUUAGCUGCCUUUUCAGAUUCUUACAACCAUCUUCUGUGUGAACAUGGAUAUCAUCAUUGUCUCACAAUUCACAUACUACAAAGUUAAAGAAUUGGAAGAAAAAAUGUAA